GCCCCUCUGCUGGGGGCACCCCCCCGACUAAUUCACCAUGCUGAGCAUCAAGUUACCACAGCUGCUCCGGGUUCAUCAGGUCCCUCGGGUCUUCUGGGAAGAUGGAAUCAUCUCAGGUUAUCGCCACCCCACCAGCUCUGCCCUGGACUGUGUGCUCAGCUCCUUCCAGAUGACAAAUGAGACUGUCAACAUAUGGACCCACUUCCUGCCUACCUGGUAUUUCCUGUGGCGGCUCCUGGCCCUGGCGGAGGGUCCUGGCUUCUGGUCAGAGCCGUACCACUGGCCGUUGCUAGUGUAUCUGCUGCUCAUCUGCCUGUAUCCGUUCACAUCCUGCUGUGCCCACACCUUCAGUUCCAUGUCACCCCGAGCCCGCCACAUCUGUUACUUCCUGGACUAUGGUGCCCUCAGCCUCUAUAGCCUCGGCUGUGCACUCACCUAUGGAGCUUAUGCCAUGCCUUCCUCCUGGCUCAACAGCCCCCUGCACCAGCUAUUCGUGCCCACAGCCGCAGUCAACUCUCUCCUCUGCACCUGCCUUUCCUGUUAUUCGAGGUUUCUAGAACUGGAGAACUCACGGCUCAGUAAAGUCUUACGCACGGUUGCCUUUGCCUACCCGUUCUUCUUUGACAACCUCCCACUUUUUUAUCGGCUCCUGCUGUGUUCCAGUGGGGGCUUCAGCUGUGGGCAGGAAGCUCUGAGUGCCAACCACAGCUACCACCUGCUCUGUGCCCUGCUCACUGGUUUCCUCUUUGCCUCCCACCUCCCUGAACGUCUGGCACCUGGCCGCUUCGACUAUAUUGGCCACAGUCACCAGCUGUUCCACAUCUGUGCAGUGCUUGGCACUCAUUUCCAAUUGGAGGCAGUGCUAGCUGAUAUGGGGGCACGGCGGGACUGGCUGGCAGCCCAUAGCCCUCCCUCAUCCCUGGCAGCCACAGUGGCCACCAUGGGCCUUGCUGUGACUGGGAACCUGCUCAUUAUUGCCAUCUUCACAGCAACCCUGCUUCGUGCCCCCCAAGCCUGCCUCCUACUGCAAGAGACCCAGCCUGAGUCAGUAGGCAGGGCCAAGGGGGAAUAAGAAGAGGAGGAGCCCCAGAAGGCUACUUCUCCCCAGAGACCACACCAUCUAACUCCCCACAUUCUGGCUCAAUCUGCUACCACCCUUCUCUCCUAUAGUGUUUUCAUCUCUAGGAGAGAAAUAGAUCAGGGACCUAGGUAUCCAGAUCCCCAGGCCCUGGCUCAGCCCUGGGAGGCUGAGGGCAGAAAGUCCUGAGCCUGUAAGAAAGAGAGGCAAGGAGAGGAGAGGAAAGGUAGAAGAGGAAAUGGGGAUUGGGAGAGGGCAGAGUGACUGGGAUGAAAGGGCAGGGGAGGAGAGGGAGUAGGAGACUGUUGUUUUGGGUGGAGGUAGGUGCUAAGGGUGAGAGAUGGGACAGCUAGUGGAGGAAGGCCUGGGGAUCUCUCAGGUCCCCAGAGUGUGUCCAGGCUCAGGGGGAUGGGAAGGAUCCUUGAAGGGUUCAAACUGAAUUUGGUUGUGAGCUGAAGAGAGUAGUUGCCGGGGUCUCAGGACCACAGAUUGGGCCAGAGUAAGCUGUUAGGGAUAUUAGAAGUUCUAAUAGGGGCUACAUCUAUUAGGUUAUUAUCUGGGCCUAGGUUAGAACAAUAUAGGGAAAGUGUUACAGACACAACAGAGCAAUAUUAGGUGUCACAUAUUAAGGUGCCUUACUGGGAUCCCUAUUCAGGGUCAUGCAGAGAAUCUGGAUCAGUCUUUGGGGAAAUAACUCUCUUUAGGGACCUUUGGAGUGCAGUGCUCAAUGAUCUCCUCUGCCUGAGGAAACUAAUGCCAUUAAUUUAGACUUCACCAAAGGGGCCAUGCUUUAACCCCGACUUUUGGGACCAAACUCAAGAGGGGAGGACACAAAACACCUGCCUCACCUGGCGCUCUGGCAUGCCAAAAUGACCAGAAUGUCGUCAUCUCCAAGCCAAGAAGAGAGGUGAAAGGGAUAAAGGAACUGAUUGAUUCCUGGGAGAAACUGGAUUGAAACAGUUAUAGCCCUCUUGGUGUGGGUAUCUGCUUUACUAGCACCUACUUGCCAAUAAAAGAUUUUCUCUCCCUCA